GUAAACCAAUCAGCAAUGAAGUUCCUGGUCGCUGUUUGUUUGCUGGCGGCGGUGGUGGGCGCGGAGGAGGCCAAGAAGGACGUCAAGAAGGAGAAGCGAGGCCUGCUGGGCCUCGACACGUACGGCAGCAGCCUGGACCUGAGCGGCCACGAGUACGGCCACGAGAUCAGCCACGGCUACGGCCACGGCCUGGACCUCGGCCAAGAGCACGCCAUCAUUGGCGAGCCCCAGGUCAAGAGCAUCGUCAUCACCAAGGAGGUCCCCGUCGGCAUCCCCAAGCCCUACGCCGUCCCCGUCGUGAAGCACGUCCCCGUGCCCGUCAAGGUCCACGUCCCCGUGCCCGUCGACAGGCCCGUGCCCGUGCACGUUAUCAAGCCCUACGCCGUGCAUGUAGACCGCCCCGUCCCCGUACCCGUCGAGAAGCCCGUGCCCUACGCCGUCAAGGUGCCCGUCAAGGUGCCCGUCGCCGUGCCCGCGCCCUACCCCGUGGUCAAGCACGUGCCCUACACCGUGGCCGUGGAGAAGCCCGUCGCCGUGCCCUACAAGGUGCCCGUCUACAUCAAGGAGCACUCCCACGACUACCACCACGACGUCUCCCUGGACCACCACGAGCUCUCCGAGCUGAGCUCCUACUCCAGCCACUACUAUGAGUCUUCGACAAACGGUGCCAAAGUUUCCAAAAUGAAGAGGCUUCUGGUGUUGCUGCCUCUGCUGGCGGCCGCGGCCGUGUCCGCGGCGCCCAAGAUCGAGAAGCGCGGGGUGCUGGGCCUCAAGCUGGGCUACAAGCUGGGCGCCUCGCACGCCGGCCUCAAGCUGGGCUCCAAGCUUGCCUACAAGCUGGGCGCCGCCACGGCCGAGCUGGAGAACGCCGCGCACGCCCUGGAGAGCGGCUACCACACCGGCUACGCCACCCACCUCGGCGGCCACCACGGCUACGCCGGCGGCUUCGGCUACGGAGGCUUCUCCUCCUUCGGCCACGUGGACCACGUGGAGCCUCUGGAGCACCACCAUGUGCACACCGUGCCCGUGCCGCAGCCCUACCCGGUGCCCGUCAUCAAGAAGGUGGCCGUGCCCGUGCCCGUCCACAAGCCGUACCCAGUGCCCGUGCCCGUCGACAGGCCGUACCCCGUGCCCGUGGAGAAGCCCGUGCCGUACCCGGUGAAGGUGCCGGUGGUCAUCAAGGAGCACGUCCACCACUUCGACGACGCGCACCACGACGAGUACCACGGCGACUACCACCACGACGAAUACCACGGCGACUACCACCACGAGUCGUCCUACGGCUGGAACAAGGGGUGGAGCAAGGGCUGGGAGAAGUGAGGACUCGGCCGUCCACGGGGUGCUGCACUGUGAUAAACUGCACUGACUUUUUAAAAAUCCCGAGUGUGUUCCUUUUGUAUAUAUUGUCUAAGUAAUAAAUUAUUUAAUUUAAUGUGA